AUGUUCGCGACGCGCUUUGACGAGUACGAGUACGACGAGGAGGACGAGUACGACGACGACGAAUCCUUCGAAUCCUUCUCUUCCUCCUCCGACGACGAUUUGGAGAGCGACGAUGAAGACGACGAGACUUCAAAGGAAAAAAAUUUCGAACACCUGGAAGCGAUGGCUUUUUCUCUCGGAGAGGACAAAGAGAAGACGAAGAGGAAGAAGAAGAAUGCCGAGGAGGAGGAGGACAAGACGAGCACGACGACGACGAUACUGCGCGAAGCGUUACGCGCGUUGCGAAAAGCAACCGCACGGUCAAAAAGAACGAAGAGACGGUUGAAGAAACGCGCGAAAGCGAUGGAGAGUAGGAACGAAGCGAUGAAAGUUUUAGGGGAAGAAGAAGACCAAGAGGAGGAGGAAAACGAGGACGGAAUACUAAGAAGAACGAAAUGUUGCGAACAGGCGAUCGAGAGCGCAAAAAAGCACGCGAGAAGAGCACGCGCGAUGAAAGAGAAAGUGGAGUCGAGAGUGAGCGAACUGGAGCGCGAAAAACGAAUCAAAUUGAAAGCGUUCGAGGACGCGGAGAAGCAGCGACUGGAAGCGUUGAUUCCCGUGAAGUCGAGUUUGGAGGAGGAGAUUUCGCAAAUUCGAGAUGAAUCCGAGGCGGCGAUGCGACGGAUUAAAGAUUUAAGAUGCGAGCUAAAGAGAGAAACAGGAAACGCGGAACAGCGGGAAGAAGAAACGAACGAGACGGAAUCGGUGGUGUUGCCCGAGUGUAAGAAAGUUUGCGCCGAAUCGAUGCUGGCGCCGGCGCACGCGAGGAAAAAAUUGGACGAGACGACAGAGAUUUUGCGAGGAGAAAAGGCGCGAUUGGAGACGUUAGACAGUGCUGAAUUGAAACAGUUCUCCACAGCUGUGAAAGAUUUGAAAGAUGUGGAGCUGUCUCAAACGCGCAAACUAAACGCGAUUGAGUCGGAGUACGACGCCGCGUCUUCGCGACUGUCCGAGGCGAAACACCGGUUCGAUUUCGAAUCGUCUCGAAAAGAAGAGGAGAAGAAGAAUCUUCGGUUGGCCACGCAAAGGAACGAGGGCGACGUGCAAUUGCUCUUUGAGGAAGCUAAAGAUAUCGAGAAGUCUGUUUUGCGCGCGUGUCAACGCGAAGAUGGAUCGAAAUUGAAAGUGUUACGAAAACUGAAACAAACCUAUCGAGAAACCGACGCGCUCGCGGAAACGAUUCGAGACGUUUUAAUAGCUAAAAUACGAACGGUCGAAGAAGAAAAGAAAGAAAGAGAGGAAGUACUGAAACGAUUGAAUAAAGAACGCGAAGAGCAGAAAACAAAGACGGACGAGGCGAGAGAGCAAAGCAAAACGUGGAUGGCAAAAAGCGAGGAGAGCGAAUCCGUGGACGCGCACAAACGAGAAGAGAUUCGCGAGUUGGAGGAGGAAAUCGUAGAGAGCUCGAGAACGGUCGAGCAACUGAGAAAAAUUGAAUUGAAAAUGAACAAAAACGCUUCGUAUGCCAAGAGAGACGUCGAAAAAGUCCGAGACUCGUUGCAGUUUAUCGAAAGUGAAGUGAGAGUUAAAAAUACGACGGUCUCGGAGCUCGCCGCGGCGCGAUCGAAAGCGCUCGUGCGUUUAAGCGCCAUGGAAAAAUUUGUGAGUGCGCUACACGAGACGCGAGAGAACAUCCGACACAAGAUACAUGUAGCACAGAGUGAAACCACUAAAGAAAAGUCAUUCUCUGUAGAUUCGGAAACGCGCGAAAACGAGUCUUUGAAAACGUUGAACGAUGUGGAAAGAAAAUGCGAAGAAGCGAAAGCGAAGAUACGCCAACGCGAAAAGCCAGCGUUGGACGAGAAAACACGCGAAGUCAACGCGUCCAUCCGCGAACUUGAAACCGCCACUCGAAGAAUAAAUUUAGCUAAAACUGCGAUGCAAAGACACUUACACGCGCUCGAACGUUCGAAAAAAUUGGCUUCAUCGGAACGCGAAGACAAGGACCGAAUCGUACUUUUGAAAGAAAGCGCCGCGAACGAACUCAUCGACGUCGAGGACGAACUCGAAAACGCCUUGAAUCUCAGCGACGCGACCGAAAACAAAUCCAUCGAAAUCGACGCGCUCAUUCGUGAUCGUGAAAUCGAGACACAACGGCUUUCAAACAAAGUCGCGGACGUGAAACGAACGAAACGAGCGGCUCGAGCGACGAAGAGCGAAAGGGUGCCCAGAUUGAAGAACACUCUCGUUGCGUUACGAAGAGCUUUGAGAAGCGAAAAACGAAACUAUCGUCAAGUGUCGAGGCUUUUAGAGGAUCCAAACAGAGAGAAACGCGUGAAGAAAUUGUCGCCAAACAUAUUUUCUUCCUUCUUGACGUCGCUUCACGAAACUCGAGAGGACGACCUGUAUUAUGACGACCACGGCGAAAAGAAGAAGAACAACAACAACAAUAACAACAACAACAACAAAAAGGACAAUCUGAUAAACAACGACGAGAAAGGUGAAAGUACCACGAGCGCUCGGCUCGUUCCUUCGCUUGCUGCGGAAGUGAACGAAGCGGUCGCCAAAACAGCCGAAACGGAAACGCGGCUGGCGCGCGUCGAACGUCGAAGGAAACUUCUCUUUGAAAUCCUCCAAGCGUUGGACGCCGAGAUCCAUCGCUUUCAAAAAGCGGACGCGGAUACGCUGUUUGCACGAACGAAAGUUGCUCGAGCCAUGCACGCGACAAACCGAGGCAUACGAGAGAUGACGCGCAAAACAAUAGCCACGACUGCGGAGUUGGGCUUUAGCAAAGCGUGUCGCGUGGCGAACGAACGCGAGGUUGAAACGCUUCGAGAAGAGUUGAGAGAGACGAAGGAAAGAAAAGAGCAAGAGAAAAAGAGCCCAGAUCAGAUAACGAUAACACCAAUAACACCGCGAAAACAACAACAUCAACAAACACACGGCCACCGACGCAUAAACGCGUACGUUCCAGAAAACGACCCAUCCGGCAUCGGCUUGCCUAUCCCCUUCGCGCCAUUCCACGCCGUCGCGCCUUCCAAGAUUCUACAAAGUAAUGGUUGA